CCGUCUCCGUUCCUCGACGUAGGCCGAGCCAUCGUUUCGAGAUUCCGGCUGUAAGCAGAAUGAAGUAUGAUUCCGUUCAUUCGACAGAAGCGAAACUGGUGGAUCCGGCGUCCGACAUCGUAGAAGUUGGAGCAUGCGACGAGGUCCAGAUACCGGUCGGGGACAAAAAAGUCGAGAGGAACCCGGAGAAACCUGUCGAGUACAGCAUAAAGUGCGGGACCCCUGCUUACGUAGCGGCGGCGUCCCUCGUCCUGAUAGCGGUGAUCCUGAUCGUGGGUGCUUAUAUAACAUUCCUGCAACUUCUCUCGUUGUAUGUUUCAGAGAGCUGCGCCGAGUCAUCUGAGGAGAGCCAUCAUCCGCUUCGUGAUAGGAACGAUAACUGUUAAGAUGGCGAACGUUCCCGAAUCCGGAUUGCAAUCUCUUCGGAUGCCUCCUUCGCUGACGACCCACUGGAGCGAGUCCACGCAGAUCUUCUCCGACUUGGACCUUCUCCGGGCUGAUGUCAUCAGGCGUAAUCGGAAGUUUCCGUCAUGGAGGAGCUUCAUUGAAUUUCCUGAUGUUAUAAGCUCAGAACUUUGCGUUCACCCGAAAUACGAGGAGCCUCGGGAUAUGAAACACUCCUGCCUAUGAAAGCUCCGCGGAUUUCGUACUCGUAC